AUGCCGGCACCGAACGUCAUCGACCAGAUGCGCGAGGAUGCCAUCAUUGGCGCCAUUUUCGUCUCCGUCGCCCACUUCGUCAAGGGCGUCUGCACCUCUCCAAACGGGAGCCGCCUCGCCGGCGGCUUUCUGGCGGUCCCCGAGAACGCGCUCGCCGUUGGCCGUUGGGCAGCCUGGUUUGGCGUUGUCAAGGCGACUAGGUGCACCGUGCAGCAUGUGUCCCCGGGUUACCCCUUUGAAAGCACGGUCGCCUUGGGAGUCACCGACACCCUCUUCUCCAUGCAUCACGGGCCACGCGUGGCCCUCCGCAACGGGCUGAGAUAUGCAGCCAUAGGCGGUGUCCUUGACAUGGUCAUGUAUAGCCUAAAACGCUCUGCUUGCGCACCUGGGAUCCCGGCCACCCAACGUCGCGUUUGA